GGGGAGGCCGCAUUCCCGCUUUCCAGGCGUCUUGCACCAAAGGGAGGUUGGGAUCUCGGUUUUCCGGCCCCCAGAGGGACCAGGUGCAUCCGCCAUAGCUUCUGUCGCUCCAUCGCCCUCACUGUGACUGGACUGUUAGAGGGAUCCGUGGAGAGGAGGCCAGGACACCUGGAAGCCGGGAAAUGGAUUCAGUGGCCUUUGAGGAUGUAGAUGUGAACUUCACCCAGGAUGAGUGGGCUUUGCUGGAUCCUUCCCAGAAAAAUCUCUACAGAGAUGUGAUGCAGGAAACCUUCAGGAACCUGGCUUCUGUAGGAAAAAAAUGGAAAGAUCAGAAAAUUGAAGAUGAGUACAAAAAUCCCAGGAGAAACCUAAGAGGUCUUAUGGGAGAGAGACUCUUAGAAGGUAAAAAAGAUCACCAGCAUGGAGAAAUUUUGGCCCAGGUCCCAGAUGACAUACUGAAGAAGAAAACUCCUCGAGUAAAAUCACGUGGAGAAGUCAGCGUGGGUCAUGCAUCCCUUAAUAGGCACCACAGAGCUGACACUGGACACAAGCCAUAUGAGUAUCAGGAAUAUGGACAGAAGCCAUAUAAAUGUACAUACUGUAAGAAAGCCUUCAGUGAUCUCCCCUACUUUCGAACACAUGAAUGGGCUCACACUGGAGGGAAACCUUAUGAUUGUGAGGAAUGUGGAAAAAGCUUUAUUUCCCGCUCAAGCAUUCGAAGACACAGGAUAAUGCACAGUGGAGAUGGACCCUAUAAAUGUAACUUUUGUGGGAAAGCCUUGAUGUGUCUCAGUUUGUAUCUUAUUCACAAACGAACUCACACAGGAGAGAAACCAUAUGAAUGUAAACAGUGUGGUAAAGCCUUUAGUCAUUCUGGUAGCCUUCGAAUACAUGAAAGAACUCACACUGGGGAGAAGCCUUAUGAAUGCAGUGAAUGUGGGAAAGCAUUCCAUAGUUCCACAUGUCUCCAUGCACAUAAAAUAACUCACACUGGGGAGAAGCCGUAUGAAUGUAAACAGUGUGGGAAAGCCUUUGUUUCUUUCAAUUCUGUUCGAUAUCAUGAAAGGACUCACACUGGAGAGAAGCCCUAUGAAUGUUGUUGUCGGGGUGCCAGAUUUCCUACUCCGAGAGGCCCCGGGUCCCUCUGCCACAACUUCUGUCGCUCUGCCGCCUGCACCGUGACUCGCACUAUUCACGAGAGCCCUAGAGAGGACACCGGGACACCCCGAAGCCGGGAAAUGAUGUUUCAGGAUUCCGUGGCCUUUGAGGAUGUGGCUGUGAGCUUCACCCAGGAGGAGUGGGCUUUGCUAGAUCCUUCCCAGAAGAAUCUCUACAGGGAUGUGAUGCAGGAAACCUUCAAGAACCUGACCUCUGUAGGAAAAACAUGGAAAGUUCAGAGCAUUGAAGAGUACAAAAAUCCCAGGAGAAAUCUAAGUCUUAUGAGAGAGAAACUCUGUGAAAGUAAAGAAAGUCAUCACUGUGGAGAAAGCUUCAACCAGAUUGCAGAUGACAUGCUGAACAAGAAAACUCUUCCUGGAGUAACACCAUGUGAAAGCAGUGUGUGUGGAGAAGUUGGCAUGGGUCAUUCAUCUCUUAAUAGGCAUAUCAGAGCUGACACUGGACACAAGUCAUCUGAGUAUCAGGAAUAUGGAGAGAAUCCAUAUAGAAAUAAGGAAUGUAAGAAAGCCUUCAGUUACCUUGACUCCUUUCAAUCACAUGAUAAAGCUUGCAGUAAAGAGAAACCCUAUGAUGGUAAAGAAUGUGCAGAAACCUUCAUUUCCCAUUCAUGCAUUCAAAGACAGAGGGUAAUGCACAGUGGAGAUGGACCUUAUAAAUGUAAGUUUUGUGGGAAAGCCUUCUAUUUUCUCAAUUUAUGUCUUAUCCAUGAACGAAUUCACACUGGUGUGAAACCAUAUGAGUGUAAACAAUGUGGUAAGGCCUUUACUCGUUCCACUACCCUUCCAGUACAUGAAAGAACUCACACAGGAGUGAAAGCCAAUGAAUGUAAGGAAUGUGGGAAUGCAUUCAGUUUUCCUAGUGAAAUUCGUAGAUAUAAAAGGUCUCACACUGGAGAAAAACCCUAUGAGUGUAAGCAAUGUGGGAAAGUCUUCAUUUCUUUCAGUUCCAUUCAGUAUCAUAAGAUGACUCACACUGGAGAGAAACCCUAUGAAUGUAAGCAGUGUGGGAAAGCCUUUAGAUGUGGCUCACACCUUCAAAAGCAUGGAAGGACUCACACUGGAGAGAAACCCUAUGAAUGUAGGCAAUGUGGUAAAGCCUUCAGAUGUACCUCAGACCUUCAAAGGCAUGAAAAGACACACACUGGCGAUAAACCCUAUGGAUGUAAGCAGUGUGGUAAAGGCUUUAGAUGUGCUUCACAACUUCAAAUUCAUGAAAGGACGCACAGUGGAGAGAAACCCCAUGAAUGUAAGGAAUGUGGAAAAGUAUUCAAGUAUUUUUCUUCCUUGCGUAUACAUGAAAGGACGCACACUGGAGAGAAGCCCCAUGAAUGUAGGCAAUGCGGAAAAGCAUUCAGGUAUUUCUCUUCCUUGCAUAUACAUGAAAGGACACACACUGGAGAUAAGCCAUAUGAGUGUAAGGUAUGUGGCAAAGCCUUCACUUGUUCCAGUUCCAUUCGAUACCAUGAAAGGACUCACACUGGAGAGAAACCCUAUGAAUGUAAGCACUGUGGUAAGGCAUUUAUUUCCAAUUACAUUCGAUAUCAUGAAAGGACUCACACUGGAGAGAAACCCUAUCAAUGCAAGCAAUGUGGCAAAGCCUUUAUUCGUGCCAGUUCAUGUCGAGAACAUGAAAGAACUCAUACCAUUAAUAUAUGAGAAAUCCUAUUAGUGGAAGAAAUGGGAGAAGCUUUCUGUUGUCCCACUUCCUUUGACACACGAGAAAAGAGAGUGGUGAAAGAACCUCUGGAUAACUGCCUUUUGAAUUGAGAAGAGAGACCUGUGAUAGGACAAUAAAAUCUAGAAGGACUUGGAUGGUUCUGUAAUACAAUUCACCUAUAGCCAAUCUUGCAUAAGAUUUCAAAGGCACAGAAAAGGAAGACAUCAGUCACAUAUUAGAGGCAACACACAGGGAGAGAGGUGUGUGGCUACCCGCUUCCAGCCCAUUUUCCUGAUUCUUUGGCUUGUUAAUCGAGAGUAUCCCCCAAAUCACUUGUCUCUGUUCCUCAGAGUUGUAGGUCUCCAGAGAUGUCCCCAGGUGCUCCACAUUAAAGAUACAUGCCCACUUUGCUAUUUCUUCAGAAAUGUUAAAAUGUUUACCAAAGAACUAAUAAAUGUUGUUAUGGCUGGAAAUA